AUAUUAGAGUGCACAACCAACACGCAGCUCGCAGUCUCGGCGCAUGGCUUCCCAUUUGGGGGCUGAAAAACACGCAGUCUCCAAUCCUCCCUUUCCUUCUUUCCAUUCCGUCGACGCCUCCUCAACUUUCACAUACCCAGUACACAGUCUCGGUUGCGGAAUAGUGCCGGACGCUCUGCGUGUUAUUCCCCGCCAGCAUCAUGAAGGUCAUCAUCGCGGGCGCAACAGGCACGGCCGGCCGAGGCAUUACGCAAGUCUGCCUGGCCGAUCCCCGCGUGACGAAAAUCCUCAUCCUCACACGCCGCCAACCAAGCAAAGAGGUGGCCUCCCACGACAAGGUCGAGGUCAUUAUCCACGAGGACUUCUCCACAUGGCCCUCGUCGGUGCUCGAGAAGCUCGAGGGCGCGGAAGCGUGUCUCUGGGCUGUCGGCGGGCGCGUGGACCAGUUUGGCAAUGAUGCGGCCCUCGCGCGCAAAGUAGGCGUAGACUACACCCUGGCAGCCGCAAAGGCGAUGCGCAACCAUCUCGUCGCGCAUUUACCCACAGAUCUGCCCCUCAAGCAACCAUUUCGCUUCGUUCUUUGCAGCGGCAUGCUGGCCGAGUGGGACCAGGAGCGCAAGCUGUGGUUCCUCAACGACACGCGCAAGAUCAAGGGCGCUGUCGAGAAGGGCCUCUGCGAAUUGGCCGACGAGGAGGGGUACCAAGAUUUCGAGGUGUUCAUCGCGCGACCUAGUUAUCUGCUGGCGCCCGAGGCGUCGCUGUUGAUGAAGAUGGCGAGUCCGUUUGUGUUUGGCAUCAAAACGCAGCAGGUCGGGAGGGCGAUGCUGAAGAUGGCGGCAGAUGGCUGGGAGGACAGGAUUGUUCUGACAUACCAACUGCAGAAGAUGUGAUUUUAGCAACGCGAUACCUAUUUGCUGCAAGUUUGUCUUCCGCGGGUCAGACGGGUGA